AGACCCUUGGGAUAAAACUGGUACAUUAACAGAGAACAAAAUGUUUAUUAAUAACGUGAGUUUUGUCACCAAGGAGAUGAAACCCCAGGAAUGCAAAGAUAUAUUGAGAACUGACCAUCCGGAAAAAAAGGCAGUUAGAACUCUACAAUUAGCUGCUGGUUUAUGUAAUGCUGCGACAUUUGACGCUGCCUCAAUGACACUCCCAGUAUAUGAAAGAGUUAUAAAUGGAGAUGCUACGGAUUCUAGUCUACUCCGUUUCGCCGAAGAUUUGAGAGAAUCAACUGCGGCUGAUCGCCUCGAGUUUAAAACAAUCUUUCAGGUUCCAUUUAAUUCUAAAAAUAAAUAUGUAAUUACCAUUCACUCCAGCAACGGAAAUGUCGACAACGUUCUAGGAACAUCAGAACUUAUAUAUUUUUGCAAAGGUGCUCCUGAAGUUUUGUUGGAAAGAUGUUCUUUUUAUCUUCAUCCAGAUGGUAGUGAAAAGCCGCUUGAUCAUGAAAGUAGAAAUCUAUUUGAGGUUAUUCAGGAUUCAUGGUCAAGGAAGGGUCAGCGUGUACUUUUGUUAUCCAAAAGAAUUAUUCCAUCACACAUAUUCCCUGGGAAUACUAAAAAUGAUGUCGAAAUGACAGAUUUAGCCUUAUCAUUUAAUAAGGAUUUAUGUAUUAUUGGUUUGGUGGGAAUUAUCGAUCCGCCUCGUGCAGAAAUUCCUGAAGUUGUCAAAAAAUGUCGUAAGGCAGGAGUCAGAGUUUUCAUGGUUACAGGUGAUUAUGCCUUGACGGCGGAAACAAUAGCCAGGCAGUGUGGCAUUCUAACCACUGAUAAAGUGGAUGACAUUAAUAAUAUCAUUAAAAAGGAAGACAUUGGUGAGACGUCUACGUUUCUUCGAAAUUUAGAUUCUGAAGAGGAUGAUUAUCAAUUGAAUGUCAAUUCACUUAGUUUAACCGGAAAAGACCUUUUCAAUGCAAAUUUGACUUCUAAACACUGGGACGCCAUUGCAAAUUAUUCGGAAAUAGUUUUUUCUAGAACGACACCAGAACAAAAAUUGAAAAUUGUAACUGAACUUCAAAGUCGAGGCAAUGUCGUGGGAGUGACCGGUGAUGGAGUGAACGAUGCACCAGCAUUAAAACAAGCGAAUAUUGGAAUUGCUAUGGGUCUGGGAUCUGAUUUGGCUAUAGCAGCAGGAAAUAUGGUUUUACUGGAUAACAAUUUUGCAUCAGUCAUCGUGGCUAUGGAAAAUGGUCGACUUGUGUUUGAUAAUUUGAAGAAAGUUAUAUUGUAUCUUUUGCCAGCUGGAUCUUGGUCUGAAAUGUGGCCUGUUUUAGCAAAUGUCUUGCUUGGAAUUCCACUUCCACUAUCACCUUUCCUCAUGAUUGUCGUUUGCUGCAUAACCGACAUAUUCCCAUCGCUAUCCCUUACGCAUGAAAAACCCGAAUCGGACCUUAUGUCACGAAAGCCACGCAAAGUAACUAGAGACCAUCUUGUAGAUGCCAAAUUACUUUUGCAAGCUUAUGGGUUUAUUGGUAUGACGGAAAUGCUCCUUGCGCAUUGGAUGUUUUUUACGUAUUUAUCCUUUUAUGGUGGUAUAUCUUUUAGAGAUACAGUACUAGCAUUUAACAAAUGGGGAGAUGGAUUUAUGGGAAAGACGAUGGACGAACUUAACGAACUCAAUUACACGGGUCAAAGUAUAUACUUUGCAACAUUGGUAAUUACUCAAUUUGGAAACCUCUUAUCCAUCCGAACACGACGCAGAUCAAUAUUCCAAUCAAAUCCAUUUUCAGGGCCAACGAAAAAUUUAUAUUUAUUUGGAGCAAUGUUCAUCUCCCUUAUAACUAUGUUGGUUAUACUUUACGUACCCUUCUUCAAUAAUGUUUUUAAUACAAGACCGAUUCCAGUAAAAUUUUAUUUCAUUCCUCUCGGAUUUGCUGCAUUUAUUCUGAUAAUGGACGAGAUAAGAAAGUUGCUCAUAAGAACCUAUCCAAAAUCAUUCUUGGAUAAAUUAGCUUGGUGA